AUGUGUACAGUUUUUCAUGUUACUAACACGAGCCUAGAUCCAACUGGUAUCACCGGUAUUUGGCAACAUCCUAAUCCACGACCAGCUCUUGUGAAGGUUUAUGAACAUACUCUAUCGUUAUUAUCGUCUAAAUUUCCCACCGAAAGUGUAUACAGACAAUCAGUAGAAAACCUUACUAAGGCACGUAAGCAAAUUGUUGAGGAAAACGAAGUUGGAGAGGUCAUUGAACAAAAAAUUGGUGCUGGUCUUAUAGAGGAAAUUCUCGAGCAGGCUGCUGAAGAAUUUCGCUUAGCUGAGUACCUGGCGGAUCAGAAGCCUUGGGAAGAGCUCGAGGUCAAACCUUCGGAAGAUCAAUGGAAAUAUUUUGAUCGUUCUGAGUAG